AUGGUGCCCAUUGAUACAGCGAUGGCUUCUGAUUAUUCCUCGGGUGUGGUGGUUUCUCCCAUGUCUUCGCCUUCGGGAGGCUACUCAAUCGCCUCAGAAAGUACCUACACACUAUCGCAUCCCAGAGCGAGCGAGAAUCGAAGUAGAGAACCCCGCCAGUUUACUUCGAACAGACCCCGAUCAGUGUCACGUCGUCGUCCUGCGCGCCCGAAUCCGCGGCGUCGCUACUCACCUGCCUACCAGCCCUACUAUGGCGACUACCCUCAGCCUUAUGGGUCUUUCCCGUAUGCCCCAUACUAUCCGGCGGGCCUUACCAACCCAUAUACAGUGGAAUACCCUCCUUCGCUCCCACACGACCCAGCGUUUGCUGCUCCACCGCCAGGGACAAUGCAGACGGGUGGUAUCAUGCAGCCCCUCGCAGCAAUUAACGAGACACAAAAUAAGAGCGGCGGCUUGGCUGGCUCGGAGGGCCUAAAGCAUGAACAAGAUGAAGACAGCCCGGAGGUCCACUAUGUCAUCAACAUUCGUCCACCCCAGGCUGCGGCCGAUGAGGAUGGUGAAAUAAAGGGCCCUGGGAGAGCCUUAACCCAUCAAUUUACUUUCGGUACCGAAGAGAAGAAAGUCCCUCCCGAGCAAUACGAGAUUGUCCAAACGAGACUGGUCCCCGGGUCUGAGGAUGGUGGCCAUGACAUUGCGAUUUUGACUUAUGAGAAUGAUGUAGCCGGGAAGCCUCGACCCGAGACUCGAUGGAUUCAUCACCAGAGCAAUGCUAUGAGUCUUGAUUCCUUGGAGAUGGAAGCCCUCCGACUGAAAGAAAUUCCCGAAGUAGCCCGGGCUCUUAUUCUCUCAGUAUUCAAGCACCUGCGAGACCGGAAUGAGAAAAGCUUUGUUCAUGGCAACUACCUGGAACCAACUGCGCUGAAAUUUGUUGGAAAAAACAACAAUGAUGAAAGCCCGAACCCCGAGAGCCAAUGCUCGGUGGCAUUUUUUGCUUUCCCUUAUCUGAAUAUCACGCCUCUGCGUCCCCAGCAUGACCAAGCAUCAGUUCAUCCUGUGAGAAGCCUGCUGCAAUUCCAUUACUCGUUUGAAUCUACCGAGUGGCGAGAUACCAACCAGGUGGUUUGCAAUGCCAGAGAAACUUUGGAUGCGCUCCAUGUGCCGCAGAUCUGGAUGCUUCUCAUAAACGAAGAUCUCAUUUUAAGCAUGGGCUCUACUGACCUCGGGAAUCUCGGUGAAGGAUACAUCAGUCUUGAGCAAGCCCGAAAGCCAGAGUCCAAUCCCAAUGCAUCGCAAAUACGUCUAGUCGAUCUCGACGGCAAACAAUAUUGCCUUCCGAAGGAGAGAUGCCAGACGUGGUUUGAAAUGAUCAGCAUGUUUGUCGGGCUUCUAGAACCGGAAAACCGCUUGUCAGCCUCCUUUCUAGAAGAUUCUUGGAGAGACGAGUUUGAGCUUCUUCUGGAAGAGAACCCAAUAUCAGAGGUCAAUUGGAUCGAAACCCUCCGGGAAAGAGAGAAUACCGAUAUCACCAUUCGUAUUGCGCAAAUGUCGCGCGAUGAUCCUGAACAGCCAGCGCCGCAAGAGCCAGCUGUGUCUCCUCCUCCACCUCCCACCUAUGACCAUGCGCCAGUCACCUAUACCAAUGCACCAGAAAAUCAAGCCAGCCCAUAUAGCUUCUCGAUGCCACCAAGGGACCCACCAGGAAACCAGCUGGUGCGCGUCAAGAUGUUUGCUGGGGGUACCUUUAACCCAUCACCUUCAUUCAGUCUUCCUCACCAACCCCCUUCUCAGAGACUUUCUCCUUAUAUGGAAUCACCGCACAACUACCCUCCAAUCUACAAUAGAGCUGAAACACUAAGCCAUUAUGCCACCGCUUCGGUACCUCCUGACACACAUCAAAGAGCCCCUGAAUCCAUUCAUCGACCCCUGAUGAGGGAUGCUGUUUCUCUCCCCAUGUCGUAUACCACCGCUUACCCCGACAAUGCCAUUCAACGGAGAGCCCACAGCCGUCCCCGAGACAGACCUGAUGCGGGGUCAUCACACCAAGCUCUCGCAGUGCAAAAUCAAGACGGCGCUUGGAGACAAGAUAAAAGGCCCAUCCGACUGAAAGACCCCACAGGGGCUGAGCUACCGAUCCCAUGGCGUGUUGGCCAAACUUGGAUGAAAAUGUAUUCGCUCAUUGGCACCAAAAUGCAGCGCAACCCAGACUAUCUCAAGGCUUUCGUCACGGGUGAAUAUGUGCUGACCGGACCCGAAGGGCCCAUUGCCCCUGCAGAAUGGGACAAGAAAAUCUAUCCAGGCUGCAUGGUUGAGCUUACGAUAAAACAGCCACAAAACCAAUCAAAAGUUUCUUCAAAUAGGCCAGCACUGGAUAUUCCCACCUGGGAACAGCGUGAACGCCGCUCUUCGUCGCGCGAGGGCAGCUCACCGAGAACUGUCAUUCCUCGAUCACCCAUGAAAACAAAAGACGUGCCCCGGCCAAGAGAGACCUCAAAUUCCGCAUCGUCUGUUUCUCGAAUACGCCCAGAAGGAUCUAGAAGUGAGGAAGGACUCGAUAACUCGAGUGACCGCCAGGAACUGGGCAGCUCAGAACGCGAAGGAACUGACGAGAGGACCCAAAAGAGGGACCCAGGUAGCUCCAUAUCACCGAAAACUUACUCUACACCCCGGGGUCUUCAAGAAACAUCUACUUCCAUCUCGCCUACCUUGGAAUCAAGAGUGGAUUCUCCCGAACAGCAUGAGAAAGGCACUCAGGCUCCGCCAGAGCCAACGUCAAAGCCCAGUGAGCUACAGAGCUUUGUAGGCGAUGUCGAAGAUGAAGCAUUGCCAGCUACGCAAUUUUUGCCGGCUGAUGUUCAACAACCACCAUUACCGACCUCGGCACUUGAUCCACACGGCGAGGGAAUCCUCACAGACGAUGAAGACGACAGGGAAUCUGAGUCUCAGAAUGACGGUGAUCAAACUCUUCCACUGACAGACAACAGAGCAGAAUCCGUGCAUGUGGAUUCGGAUUUGGCAAUGAUGGAGUCGAGAGCAACGAAGAAAACAGAAACCCAUCAGACUUCAAAUACAGAUAGGAGCGAUAAAACUGCUCCAGAUGACCAGGAGUCUAUCCGGAGUGUUGCUACUGAAAAUGAUCAGGUUAUUCGGCCGCUAUUCACGUGGCAUGCGCCCACGCCUCAGGAGGGUUCUUCAAUCACCGAGGCCAGACAGGAUGCUCUUCUUUCUGAAAGAAGUUUAUCUUCCACAGAAGAUAUUACUCAGAGUGGAAGCAUACAUGAAGAGGAUGAUCCAGAAUUUCCGCCAAACAGCUCACCACUUCCAAGUCCAGAAACACACCCCACAGACCCCGAGCAGACAGAGGCCCUGAACGAGAGCCAUACGAAUGUCAACGUCUUUGACUACCUUAUCAUUGAGAGGGAUGAUGACAUGGCAUCUGAGACUAAUGCAAACCCCGAACCAACCAAUCCAUUUGCUUAUCAAGUCUACAAUGAUGCCUGGACCACCAAGGAGAGCUUGAUCAGCACAUCACCAUCAACAAGAUCAACAGAGUCAACCCCUAUAUCGACAUAUUCUCAUUUGCCAGAAGCUCCCUCAUCGUCAUCCGAAAGCCACAGCCCAAGCCUGUCAGUCUUGGAUCAAGAUUUGGAACCAAACGAAGAAGCGAGGAAUACAGGACCAUCCCCUGCAGAAAAACCACCGCUAUGCCCAAUAUUUGCAUGGGAAACUCAGCAUACGGUGACAGGAAACUCCUCCGUUCACAAUACAGCAAUCAAUAGCACUGCCCCAGAAAAGUUCAAAGACAAGGAUGAAAACAUCCACGCAAUCCUGGAAGAGCGCGACGCUGAAGCAUCGUUCUUCCUCCUUGGUCAUCCCAUGGAACGCAACUUUAUGGAUAACCUCCUGGAAACCACCAGGAUGCAGGUACUUGCCCGAAUGGAGAUUAUCGGAAACAGUCUGAUCCAACUGGAGGAAAACGACAACCUUGCUGACAGGCGGACUACAUGGAAGAAGAAACAGAAGGUGGUAGGAAGCGCAAUGGAGCUUUUGGAUGCUUUUGUGCCCGUGCAUUACCAGAGCAUUGACAAGUAUCGGCUCAUCAGGAAGUUCUAUGGGGCUAUGCUGGAGAUCGCGGCCGGCAACUUUACGGACGCCUAUCUAGACCGGGUUGGGGCCGUUGUCUCAUACUUUUGCAAGACGGUCCGGCAAAUCCAUGCUGGUGUCUCUCGUGGCGGAAACGAGCAGCCCACGACAUAUUUCCUUCCCUCUGCGCUGGUCGAUGCGUUCAACCCCCUUAUUCUCUAUGUCUGCAUCUGCAGCCAGAUCAGCCAUACGGCCUGCCAGGAAUGGAAUCUUCUGCAGGCGUGGGCGGAGAAACUGCACCGAUCUUUGACCUAUGGCAAAUAUCAGCUUAUACUGAUGAUCCGUGCCGGUGAUUAUAGCGAGGCCAAGGUAUUCAGACGAGUUGAUUCCGAAGCCAUCAUGACCAUGGUCGUUGAGCGGCUGGUAAAAAUGCCAGCUGAGAAGGAGAGUGACGCGCACAGUCCAAAAAUCGGGUUUGAUCUUCUGCGAACUUAUAGAAAGUACAUUUCUCACAUGGAGUUCCAAGUUCGAAAGACACCAAAUGCCGCUGUCUUCGACGAGAUUCAACAGUUGCGCGAGGAGCUAAAUAUUGUCAACACUGUCCUCGAUCAGCAACUAAACGUGCUUGAGCUGAUGCGUGUGGUAUGCACAGUUACAGGACACGCCGAGGAUAAGAUCAGUUUGCAAUGCAUCAGCCAGAGCAGGAAGCAAAUCAAGCAGAUGAAACGCGAUCUCCAUGAGCUGGAAGAUAUGGCCGAGAAGACCUCUAUGCUUCUACGAUCAAUGAUCGAAGUCCGGAAAGAGUCCAACAGUAAAGCAAUCAUUAUCUUCACGGUCGUGACGGUCAUCUUCCUGCCCUUGUCCUUUGUGACCUCGUAUCUUGGCAUGAACAGCGUUGAUAUCCGUGACGGCGAGUUCCACCAGAGUCUUUUCUGGAUGAUUGCGCUGCCCAGUGCUGCGUGUUUGGUUUUGAUUUUGUGGAUUAUUAUUCGGUUUCGUCGCAGACUAAGACGGUUAUCUGUCUAUCGACUGAGGAAAAUUGGUCAGUGGUAUGAGGGGGCUGCUGUUUGGCUUACGCGGAUAAAUUCGGGCCCUGAUCGGCCAAGCAUGGGCAGUAUACUUUGA